CCUCAGACUGGAUUCCUCUUAAACCUGAGCUGGAGCUUGAAGAUGCUCUGGGCUUUUCAGACAGCAGCUCAGCUGAGACGUUCAAGCUUUCGGGGUCUCUGACACCUGGAAAAUUUGCAACAGUAAAAGCAGCCAACAUGGGGGCUGCUCAGAGCUUCAGGGAUAUGUGCGACCGCACGAAGAAUACUAAUGUUCGCUUUAGUCUGCCGGCAGUGUGCAUGGUGUGGCAGAUAGCCAUGRUCAUUCUGUUUGGGAUUUUUAUUCGAUAUGAURAAGAAUCAGACGCACACUGGGUUGAGCACAGAAAACAUGAAAAUUUGACUGACAUAGAGAAUGACUUCUACUUCAGAUAUCCAAGUUUCCAAGACGUACACGUGAUGAUAUUUGUUGGGUUCGGUUUCCUGAUGACGUUUCUGAAGCGUUACAGCUUCGGUGGAGUGGGUUUCAACUUCCUGAUUGCCGCCUUCGGCCUCCAGUGGGCGCUGGUGAUGCAGGGCUGGUUCCACUCCUUGGACGUUGAUGGGAAGAUCAAAAUUGGAAUUGAAAACAUUAUCAAUGCAGAUUUCUGUGUAGCCGGCUGCCUGAUCGCUUACGGUGCUGUGCUGGGAAAGGUCAGCCCGGUCCAGCUGAUGGUUAUGACUCUGUUUGGAAUAACACUUUUUGCUGUAGAGGAAUUUAUCAUCUUAAGUGUCAUCCAUGCCAGGGAUGCUGGGGGUUCCAUGGUGAUCCACACUUUUGGAGCUUACUAUGGACUUUCCAUAUCAUGGAUGCUCUAUCGACCCAACCUGGACCAGAGCUCACGCUUGCAAGGCUCUGUGUAUCAUUCAGAUGUCUUUGCUAUGAUUGGUACCCUCUUCUUGUGGAUGUUCUGGCCCAGCUUCAACUCAGCAAUCGCCGAUCAUGGUGAUGGGCAACACAGAGCGGUCAUCAACACUUACCUGGCUUUGGCCUCAACUGUGCUCACUGCCAUGGCUAUGUCAAGCCUCUUCCAGAAACAUGGAAAACUAGAUAUGGUUCACAUCCAGAACUCAACACUUGCUGGAGGCGUUGCAGCAGGAACAGCAGCUGAGUUCAUGCUGAUGCCCUAUGGAGCUCUCAUCGUUGGCUUCUGCUGUGGUAUUAUCUCCACAUUUGGAUACAUAUUCCUCUCUCCUUUCAUGGAGAAGCACAUGAAGAUCCAAGACACGUGUGGAAUCCACAAUCUUCACGCCAUGCCAGGUGUUAUAGGCGGUAUAGUUGGAGCCAUCACCGCUGCAGCUGCUUCAGAGUCGGUUUAUGGCCAUGAGGGGUUGGUGAACACUUUUGACUUCAAAGAUGGUUUUGAGCACAUGUACCCCACAAAGCAGGGAGGUCACCAGGCCGGAGGCCUCUGUGUGGCUCUCAUCUUCGGUAUAGGAGGAGGCGUGAUAGUCGGCGCCAUCUUGAGAUUACCCAUCUGGGGAGAUCCAGCCGAUGACAACUGCUUUGAUGAUGAAGCUUACUGGGAGGUGCCAGAGGACGAGGAGAGUAUCCCUCCUAUCCUGCAGUACAACAACCACAUGCGGAACAAAGACGUUGCUGGCACAAAUUUCGCCAUGGAGACAGAUUCCAGGACGCGAUCAUGAAUGGUUCCUGAAUUGAUUGGCUGUGACCCAUUUCAUUUUAUUAUUUCUCUGCUGGAGGAAAAAAAAUCCAUAUGUAGAAAACAAUUUGCUUUUAAAAUAAAUAAUAAUGAGAA